AUGCGGAGCCCAGAGGUGUCGCUAGCGCGGCUCGAGCAUUUGCCGCAGGAGGAGAGCCGCGCGUAUUGGAAGCUCUUCAAGAAGCUCACCGGAACCGGAGCCGGUUCCGCCGAGGGGAGUGUGGUGCGGGAGUUCCUGCAGCGAGCGAAUCUCUCGGAGAAGUUGCUGCAGGAGGUCUGGCGCCUGGCCCACCUCGACGAGAGCGCGGACUUCGAGUCCUUCUGCGUGGCCUGCCGCCUGGUGGCACAUGCUCAAGACGCGCGGAGCAUCACCGCGGCGCAGGUGGCCGAGGUCCCUUCAAAGGCUCCGAACUUCGAGGAGGACUUCGACUUUGAGGCUGUGGCAAUGGGCGUUUCCCCUGGCCAAGGUCAGCCCAGCCACGAGCCGGCGCCAGAAGUGCCACCGGUUCGAGGCGAUCGGAUCACCCAUGCGGCAGCUGGCGAUCGCACGUAUGUGCCGAUUAGGCCUUCCGGCAGUGCGUCGCUGCUUUCCAAGGGCCUAGGCUCCGACUGGUCGCCGCUGGAGCGGGAGUUGGUGCGGGCGAGGGAAGACCUGGAUGCAACUUUGGCCCAGAAGGCCCAGUUGGAGGCGACGGGAUUUGUGACACGUAGAGCGCAGAGAUAUCCUGAGGCUUCUGUUCAGAUCUACUCUCGCCAGGUCCGUGACGCCAAGCCACAAGCGCCGCCCGAAAUCGUCGCGACCCACGACAUCUUGCAUCAAGCUGCCGCAAGCGGGCAGCAGGAUGAAGUGCAACGGCUUUUGGAGCUCAGGUGUGAGCUUCUGAAGGUCGACAGCUGGGGUCGGAACGCGUUGCACUGGGCUGCCGAACAUGGGCACGUAGGAUGUUGCAAUGCGAUUCUGCGAGCUGCGGAAUCCAAGGACGUGCUUCAGCAGCUCUGCACCCUUGAGGAUAGCUCUUCGCGCACCCCGCUGAACGCUGCCUUGCGGGCGGUGCCGCAAAAAGCCCAGCAGCUGGCGCGGCUCUGCAUCCAGAGGGCGGAUGAGUUGCAGGUCGAGGCCAAAUCGCCGCGAUCUCGUGACGCGCCACAGACCCACACUCGCGUGAAGGAAGAGCUCAAGGCAACGGUGAAGGAAGAGGCGGCUUCAGAGCAGAAGGAUGUGAAGCAGGAAUUGACUGGCGUUCCAUUUCAGCCAGGUGAGAGGCCGGCGUAUGCUGCUCUCAGCAAGGCGAAUGAGCCAGGCCGAGCGAUGCGAGGGUGGGCCAGCCGGAGCCGGAGCCGGAGUCCUUGCCCAAGUGGAAGCCUGAAGCCUUCAAGAAAGCCAAGCCUCUCCAAGCCGGUAGAGUCCAGCAGAAAUCAAACCUACGGGUACGAAAGGCCCAGCCUCCGGAUGCACACUGUGCAGCUUGAUGCAGAGACGCGGAACAAGCUUCUGAAAGCCUUGGCAGAUCAGGAGCCGCGGAAGGCCAAGGUCGAGAGCGAGGCUGAACCUGUCCAGGCCAGGUUGGAGGAGCUUGCGCGUGAAGCAACGCUGCAGCGAGAAGUAGAAGAGAAGCAGAAGCUGCGUGUCAAGCUUGAGCAGGUCCUGGAACGAGCUCAGCGAUUGGAGGAGGAGCAGAGCCAGACACAAGGUGAAUGUGCUCAGCUGCAGGCCAGGCUGCAGGAGCUUCAGGCAAGCCGAGCAGCACUGCAGCACGCGGCUGAGAACGAGCCGCUGCAUGCGGAGCUUGAGCAGGCCAAAGCAAAGGAGGCCACGCGCUUGAAGAAAGAGAACGAUGAUUUGCAGGUGCAGCUGCAGAAGGCGCAGCUGCAAGUGCGGCAAUUACAGAGUCAAGCAGACUCGUUGCAGGACACGCAGGAGACAUUGCAGCGAUCGCAGAGGGAGAAGGAUGGUUUGCAGUCUGAACUGCAGAAGGUGCAGCUGCAAGCGCAGCAGGGGCAGAAGCAAGUAGACUCGCUGAAGGACAAAGUGACGGAGCUGCAGAGGGUGCAGGAGGAAUCCGCACGGUCGAAGAAGGAGAAGGAUGGUUUGCAGGCUGAACUGCAGAAGGUGGAGCUGCAAGCACAGCAGUGGCAGAAGCACAUAGACUCGCUGAAGGCGCCUGGCGAAGCCACGGGAUUGUACCAGAUUUGCUUUCACCACCCUGAGACAAGAGAGCCCUUGGUUCCUGGCACGCCUGAGUAUGCGCUUCUGCUGCCCAAAAUUCUGGCUGGCCUGCCUUCGGCGACCCGGUCAUGGCUGGAGAGUCUUCUGGAGACUGGCAGAGCCCCUGGACCGCUGCCUGAGGAGCCAGAGCUACCUAAGCGCUCUGAUGUGCAAGCCUGCCAGGCCAAAGUGAAGGAGCUGCAGGACGCGCAAGAGGCAUUGCAGCGUUCGAAGAGAGAGAAGGAUGGUUUGCAGGCUGAACUGCAGAAGGCGCUGCUGCAAGCGCAGCAGGGGCAGAGGCAAGUAGACUCGCUGCAGGAGAAAGUGGCGGAGCUGCAGGGCAUAAAGGAGGACUCCGCGCGAUCCAAGAAAGAGAAAGAUGGUUGGCAGGCUGAGCUGAAGAAGGCGCAGCUGCAAGCGCGGCAAUCACAGAGCCAAAUAGACUCGCUGCAGGCCAAAGUGACGGAGCUGCAGGGGGUGCAGGAGGAAUCCGCACGGUCGAAGAAGGAGAAGGAUGGUUUGCAGGCUGAACUGCAGAAGGUGCAGCUGCAAGCGCAGCAGGGGCAGAGGCAAGUAGACUCGCUGCAGGCUGGCGAAGCCACGGGAUUGUACCAGAUUUGCUUUCACCACCCUGAGACGAGAGAGCCCUUGGUUCCCGGCACGCCUGAGUAUGCGCUUAUGCUGCCCAAAAUUCUGGCUGGCCUGCCUUCAGCGACCCGGUCAUGGCUGGAGAGUCUUCUGGAGACUGGCAAAGCCCCUGGACCGCUGCCGGAGGAGCCAGAGCUACCCAAGCGCUCAGAUGUGCGAGCCUGCCAGGCAGACCUCAAAAGAAAGCGUCAAGAGCUCGCACAAAAGCCAGCGCCCGAGGACAUCCCAGGUUGCGACGAAACCCGGCAGCUGUACAAGAUCUGCUUCCACGACCCGGAUACGGGACGGCCGCUGGUGAAAGGCAUGCCUGGGUUCGCGACGAUUGCCCGUACGGCUCUGCAACAUAUGGAGGGCCAGCCGCAAUGGAUUCAAGAUUUGCUUCGGAGCUUAGCCGAGUGA